AUGGCGCAGAAACUCACGCUCCAGUCUGUGGUGAAGCUCAACUCGGGCUACACCAUGCCCCUCCUGGGCUAUGGAGUCUACCAAACGUCGGCGUCUGUGGCAACUGAAGUAUGCAAAGAGGCGCUGAGAAUUGGAUACAGACAUAUUGAUUCUGCCUCUGCCUACCACAACCAGGGCCCUUCUGCAGCAGGCAUCGCCGCAUCUGGAGUUCCCCGCGAAGAAGUCUUCUUCACCACAAAGGUCCCCGUGCGCGGAAAGCCCCUCGGCUACAAAAACACAAUCGAUCUGGUCGACAUCGCCCUCCAGGAGACCAAGCUGGGCUACCUGGACCUCGUACUGAUCCACUCCCCCUACGGCGGCGUCGAGAACCGCAAGGGCGCCUGGAAAGCCCUCGUCGAGUCCGUCGAGGCCGGCAAGGUGCGCUCCAUCGGCAUCUCCAACUACGGCGUGCACCACCUCAACGAGCUCGAGGCCUACAUCAAGGAGCUCGAGUCGGAGCGCGGCGGCGCGGGCAAGGGCGGCGUCAUCUCCGUCGGCCAGUGGGAGAUUCACCCGUGGCUCCCGCGGGACGACAUUGUGCAGUGGUGCCACGCGAGAAACAUCGCUGUCCAGGCCUACUGUCCCAUUGUCCGCGGAGAGCGCUUCGGCGAGCCGCAGGUCGCGGCCGUGGCGAAGAAGUACGGCAAGACGGAGGCGCAGGUGCUGCUGCGAUGGAGUCUGCAAAAGGGGCUUGUUCCCUUGAUCAAGAGCGUUACGCCGAGCCGUAUUGCGGAGAAUGCGGGCUUGUAUGACUUUGAGCUGACGGAGGAGGAGGUGAAGGAUCUGACGACGACGGAGUAUACCCCGGUAGCUUGGGACCCUACAGUUGAGCCAUUGGACAGGUAG